GCUGGGAGUCUGGUAGAGGGAGAUGAUUCAGAGGAUACAGGGGGGCGUAGUGGUUUUUUAUGAGGAGCUCGUCACCUGUUUUUAUCAUUGAUACGUGCUUAUUCUGUGUCUGCUUUCUCGCUGUUUGUGUGUCGACCUCACUGAGCGCUUUGGCUCCCACAUCAACAAAGAAGAUGCGGUUGAGGUCUUGGUUGUUGGGGACGCUGAGAGCCACACACACACACGCACACGCACUUUUAACUCUGCGUCUGUACUGAAUAGUCUGUGUUGUAUGUCGGUGUUCUCGGUAUUCUCACAGAGAACGUUUGCAGUCUGUGCUCUCCGUUCUGUGAUUACUGUCAACAUUAACGGUUUCCACUGUAGCGCCAUUGCACACCUGACUGCUCCAAUGGACGCACCAAAAACGUCCAGAUUUCAAGUUCAUUUAAGCUAAAUCAUUACUGGACUGCUCAAAAGCUGGACCUUCGGGCAAACAGAGGUGCAGAAAGAUGACACUACAUACACAGCUGGGUUCUUGGGAACCAUGAGGCAUGACAUGCCGCUGUGGCCCAAUGCGGACACGGUUGCGGGGGGAGAUUGAAUGCUGCUGAAGUCUCAAGGCUCUGAGCCUUCUGGAGUACUGCCAUGACCAGUCAAGGUGGCAGCAAUGGGGACACACCCACUCCCCCGCCUUCCUCCUCUUUUUCCUCGUUACUCAGGCCGUCUGCAGGCCCAAAGCUGCAAGUGCAGCGCUCAUUGUCCCGUGACACAAUCACCAUCCACUUCUCAGCUCAGGGCAAGGAGGGGGAAGAGGAGGAUGAAGAGCUUUACGGACUGGCUGUCUCCUCCUCUGGUCUGGAUGGAGAUGAUCAAGGAAUAGUAACAGCAGUGGAAGCCAGCGAGGAGUUAUUGUUCGAGGGGGCAGGAAUGGGGACAGAUUCAGGAGCGCUCCCUGUUUCUUCUGCCAUGGUAUCAUCUCUUCCGGUCACCCACACCCUUAGUUCAGCCCUAGCCAUCCAGCCACCAUCCUCCAGCCUGCCCUCCUCCACCUCAUCUGUCUGUAGCCCUGCCAGCUCAUCUUGGCCUUCUGAGCACCAACGGCCCCAACCCCCUCCCCUCGCAACCUACUCCUCCUCUUCUACCUCCUCUCCAGCAAAGUCUUCGGCCAUGCACUCAAAGCCAUUCCUCAGUCUGGUCAAGUCUCUCUCCACUGAAGUGGAGCCUCGUGAAGGUAGUGUGUCAACACCUGCCCCUCAACCCAUGCGCCACCGCCACCUGAUGAAGACUUUGGUGAAGUCUUUGUCCACUGACACGGCCCGACCCGAACAAGAAAUCCCAACCCAUCGCCUGCCAGAUUCCCGCCUCAACCUGCACCUGUUUAAGCCUUUCACCCAGCCUCGUGUCACCGCGCCUCUGGGCGGCGACUCCAAGACGGCACCAUCUUCGCCUCUUACAUCACCCGAUGGACGUUCCUUUUUUAAAGUGCAGGAGGUGGAGGCUCGUAUCGAGGACACCAAGCGGCGUCUUUCAGAGGUCAUGUGUGAACCCUUGCAGUUACUCAGCAAGAUCAUCGGUGAGGAAGGAGGAAGUACCACCACCAGCACUUCCACAACUGGGUUGCCAGCAGGCACCCACCGACCCAAAAGCCUCUCCACCAGCACCACAGAGCUAUCCAACCUGGCCACCCUCAAUGGCCACUUGGAGAGCAACAAUGAGUACUGCAUCAAAGAGGAAGAGGAUGUGGAGGGGGACAGUCCACUAGCUGGUGCUGACCCGUUGCCUUCCCUGCCCAGGUCACCCUCACUGGGCCUAGACCGUUGCUUCAUGUCAGCCCUGGCCCGCCAAGAGGAUGAGGAAUUUUGCGAACUCUACAGUGAAGAUUUCGAGCUGUGCACGGAUACGGAGGCUGACGCAGAACCUGUCGACUCAGCCCUGCUCCAGCGGGGUAGCACAGCAGGCAGUGAGGAACCGACCGAGGGGGAGGAAGAAGGGGAGGAAGAGGAAGAAGAUGAGCCUCUGAGCGUACCACAUAAUGGACUAAUCUUGCUUAUUUCCGUGGUGUACGGCUACUUUGUGCUGCCACUGCCCACAUAUAUAGGUGGGGUGUUGCUGGGAGUAGCUGCUGGCUUCAUGCUAGCGAUAUUGGUGCUGUGGCUCUCAGCCCCUCGCCGGCCCUCCUGGGGCCCUUGCUUCAGCCGCUGUAGGAGAGAGCGCUGGACUGUGGUCCCCCUGGACAUCAAAGAGCCGGGCAUCUACAAGGGCUGGAUGAACGAAAUUCACAGCUAUGAUCCGGAGACGUAUCAUGCCACACUCACUCAUUCAGUGUACGUGCGUCUGGAGGGCUCAGUGCUGCGCCUCUCCAAACCCAACCGCAACAUUCCCCGUCGGGCCAGCUUUAACGAGCCCAAACCUGAUGUCACCUACAUCAGCCAGAAGAUCUAUGACCUGACCAACAGCAAGAUCUACUUGGUGCCCCAUAGCCUCGCCAGAAAACGUGUGUGGAACAAGAAAUAUCCCAUCUGUAUCGAGCUGGCCAAGCAAGAUGACUUCAUGUCCAAGGCUCAGGGAGACAGGACUGAAGCCGCGGAAGAGAAGCCUCCUGCUGUUGUGGAGAAGUCAGAGGGGGUAGGGGGUGGUGAGGAAAACAAGCGGUCAUCUGCAGACCCAGUCCUGUACCUGUUUGGGAGAACAGGAAGGGAGAAGGAGGAGUGGUUCAGGAGGAUGCUGCUGGCCUCCAGGCUCAAAGUUGAGAUCAAGAAGCCUCCCAGCCUCCCUGCAUCCUUCCUCCCCUCCCAUGGCCGCAGAAGCAGCCAAUCAGGCGCUCUCUCACACAGUCGCAGUAGUAGCCGAGGCAGUCUGGACGACCUGCUCCAGUCUCAGUCUCGGCAGAAGGAUGUUGGCAUGGGGGCGAAACAGAAAGAUCUGGACUACAAUGUCUACAUGGCCAAAUACAUCAGCCACUUCUCAGGAAGCCCAGCUGCCAGCCCUGUUCACAGUACAGACAGCAGCCCGAGAACUGUAAAGAAGUUUCCAGAUGGUUUGAGUGCAGAGGCUGCGUCCGAGGCCUGGGUCAAUGCCCUCUUGGGCCGCAUUUUCUGGGACUUCCUCAGGGAGAAGUACUGGGCUGAUGUAGUGUCCAAAAAGAUCCAAAUGAAGUUGAGCAAGAUCCGGCUGCCAUACUUCAUGAACGAGUUGACGCUUACUGAGCUGGACAUGGGCAUGGCCAUCCCCAAGAUUCUUAGGUCCUCCAAACCUUCAGUGGACCAUCAGGGUCUAUGGUUUGACUUGGAGAUCUCUUACAAUGGUUCUUUCCUGAUGACUCUGGAGACCAAGAUGAACCUGGCCAGGCUUGGGAAGGAAGGAGAGGGCCUUGGAGAACAAGGAAAAGAGGGGCCCAGGCCACGCACAUACUGCCUGGCUGACAGUGAUGAGGAGUCGUCCAGUGCAGGAUCAUCUGAUGAAGAAGAUCCAGCAGAAGUACCUGAAGUGCCAGGAGUGGAGGGCUACGUCGGGGGACACCGGCCAAGCAAGAUCAUGCGCUUCGUAGACAAGAUUGCAAAGUCAAAGUACUUCCAGAAGGCCACCGAGACGGAGUUCAUCAAGAAGAAGAUGGAGGAGGUGUCUAAUACCCCUCUGCUCCUUACUGUGGAAGUGCAAGAGUGUCGAGGCACCCUGGCCGUCAACAUUCCUCCUCCCCCCACAGACAGAAUAUGGUAUGGCUUCAGAAGGCCACCUCACCUGGAGCUGAAAGCCCGGCCUAAGCUUGGGGAGAGGGAGGUCACAUUUGCACAUGUGACAGACUGGAUUGAGAAGAAAUUGGAUCAGGAGUUUCAGAAAAUAUUUGUUAUGCCAAACAUGGACGACGUAUGGCUACCCAUCAUGCACUCCGCCAUGGACACUCGGUCCAGUGUGAACUUGGUUACUGUGACAGCCGAUGCCUUGAAAGGUGUGGAGACUCUGGACCUUGAAGAUGCUGUGGAUGACCUGUGAAAGCUGCUCAAAGUGUCUCAAACAAUGGGGAAACAUGUUACCAGAGUCCAAUCAAGGCACUUAUCCUUACUUUUCCAAAGGUUAGAUGCUAAGUUGGAUGUAAGAAUGAGUCUAAAUGCAUGUUAAUAAUGCAUUGAACACAGAAUUAAGCCUGAACAGAUGGUUGAACUAAGUAAAAGUGCUGUUGAAUAACACCUAAUGCACAGAGCCAGUUUUGAUGGUGUCUGAAAUUCCUUGGGAAAUUUAAGCAUACAGCAGGGGAAUAAAAGUACGAAGGACAGCUAGGACAGCAGCUGCACCAAACAUCUGGACUGGAGACCUCUUGUUGGUAUGUGAAGCUGUAAACUACUAUCCUACUGAAGGUCUCGGGCGACGUGUUACUGCUUCAGUGCUUUUCUGACAAAGUCAGAAGCUUUUUACCUCUUUCAUUUGCAAGUGAGGAUGGAUGGCCAUCUUGCUCCUGCUCAGGUCAGGGCUCCACGCUGGCCACUGCGAUAUUCCAAUGUCACCCGUUUCAACCAUGCAUUAACCGUCCCUCCUACUCUAUGUUAUCAUUUACAGUUGUGGGAGUGUCUUCUGACUUUUGGUAGGAUAGAAUGUAUACCUGCAGUCUUGCGAGUCUUAAAUCAGUACCCUGUAACAGCAUUCUUUCAAUAAUGUACACUAUGAUGGCAAGGGGGAAGCUUUACUUAUUUGUGUAUGCCAUGAUUGUCAUCUGCUUUUUGCAUUCAAUGCACAUGUGCUUUGUUGAACAUAUACACCAACAACAUAUAAGUACCUACCGCCACCAACCUCCGCCAAUCACAUUGCUGCCUGAGGCAUCUAUGUGGCAUUUAAUUAUGCAAUUAGAUCAAUUUCACUGUGCUCAAGGACACCAGCUAAUACCCCAUCCACCCCAAAAAUGGCCCUACUCAAGCUGGCUAAUAUAGUGGGUACAAACAAGGCACUUUCCAUAGACCUUGAGUGUCUUCUCUCAACCAUUGCCUUUCUGCAGCUGGCUGGAAAUGAAAUGGCACUUCAAAGUGCUAAUAACAUAAUUCUACACAGUACUCGCUCUGCCAUGAACUUGUAUGUCAUUGUGCAAUAUGGAGAAGCCAUCUGAAUGUAUAAGUCAUUGCCUGAUCAUCUCAAUCUGUGCUUUUUAUUUCAUUACUAUCAGCAACUUGCUGACAAUGUAAUUUUAUGAAGGUUCUGAAAAUGCUUAUGUUAUGUCUUGAUUUUGUGUCGAUGAUUGUGGAGUUGUUUUAUCUGGAGAGUAGUUGUUUGGAAUUGUUUUAUUCCACAGGUCACUGAAAAUGUACAUUUGACACAUGCUGAUGAAGUAGAGGUUCCCUAAUCAGUUUUUUUGUUCUAAUUCACAUCUCAAAACAUCACCUGUCUCUGGUGCUUUGGAUGCUGAUACAGAACAAAAAUGAGGAUAAAAAUUAUCCACCAAAUGGCUAAACUGAAGGCAUGGUUUCCCAGACAUGGAUUAAGCCUAGUUGUGGGCUACUUUUCCUUUCAAUGAAGAAUCCCCAUUCAAAUUGCAGAAUGUGUAGUUCAGGAUUAGGCUUAAUCCCUGUCUGGAAAACCAACCCAGUUGCAUUUAAACAAGUUUUAAUUAUGCUCAUUCAGUCAUUUACACAUCACAUUGCUUUCAAACAAAGGCUGUACCAGCAAUCAUUUACAAUUUACAUUCCUUAAUACUCUUCAGGAUCUAUAUUUGACUUUGAAGUAGUCAACCUUACAUUUCUGCUCAUUCAAAAAUGCUUACCACAUGAUUUUUGUGCCAUUGUUUAUUUGUGUGAACCCAGCCAAUGUUAAAUGAUCUGUGUGCUUCUCUAUGCCAACAGCGCAUCAUUUGAUUUGCACUUUGUGAGAAUUACAGCUGUUUUUAAGUGAUUGUGUUCAGCCAUACUGUGACAUUGGUUGUGUGUGGGGAUCUAUAAAGAGAUUUUGGUAAAAUCCA